AACAGUAUUUCAAAUUUAAAACCCAAAAGAAGAACGGUCACGGACUGGGCUCUCGCGAGGCUAGCCAGUUGAAACGCUACAGGCUGCAGGACCCAUCCAUAACUGGCUUGUACCUAGUGUGUCGUGCCUACGAAACAGCGAAAAGGUCGGUUGGUGCGGGCUCAAGUGUACGUGCCCACCGAUUCCCAUCAUCACGACCACCUUUUCGAAGCUGUAGCAGCUCUUGCCCCAGCUGUUUCUCCAAAAGGGCCUCGCGCAGUAAGGCCCUUUCGACCGUACAAGUAGGGCCUGCAGGGGACAGCACGCGCCGAGGGCAUAGUUGCCGAGAAGUUGUCAUACCCGAGUGAGGCUCUUUCGGGAGAGGGAAAGCAGCAGCAAGAUGUCCAAGGAAGAGAAGGAGAAGGAAAAUUUCAUACCCGAUCCAAUUUUCGACAGUAAGAUCGGGAAAACGUAUCUCAAGGGCCGCUUCUUCGGCAAGGGUGGCUUUGCAAAAUGUUACGAAAUCAGAGAUUCAGAAACACACGACAUCUUUGCUGGCAAAAUUGUUCCAAAAUCGAUGAUGGUGAAAAGCAGCCAGCGAGAAAAAAUGACCCAGGAAAUAGCUAUCCACAGAAGUCUGAACCACAAACAUGUUGUUGGCUUUUAUGGAUUCUUUGAUGACACUUACAAUGUUUACAUUAUUUUGGAGCUGUGCAGAAAAAGGUCUAUGAUGGAAUUGCACAAGAGACGAAAAUCUCUCACCGAAUGUGAAACACGAUAUUAUAUGAAACAAAUUUUGGAUGGUGUUCACUAUUUACAUCAAAAUAGAAUAAUUCAUCGUGACUUAAAGCUAGGCAAUCUUUUUCUCAAUGAUGAUUUACAAGUAAAAAUUGGAGAUUUCGGUUUAGCAACAAAAUUAGAGCACGAUGGAGAAAGAAAAAAGACUCUGUGCGGAACUCCGAAUUAUAUUGCUCCAGAAAUCUUAACUAAAUCAGGUCAUUCCUACGAAGUCGAUAUUUGGAGCAUUGGAUGUAUCAUGUAUACAUUGUUAGUGGGCAAACCACCUUUUGAAACAUCCAGCUUAAAAGAAACGUAUGCCAGAAUCAAACAAGUCAAUUACAAAGUGCCACAGCACUUGCUGAAUACACCUGCAAUAUUCAUGAUCUCCAGUAUGUUGCAAGGCAAUCCAGCAAAACGACCACCAGUUGCUAAACUACUAAAAGAUCCUUUCUUUUCGUCUGGUUUUAUGCCAGUCAGUUUGCCAGCUUCUUGUCUAACGAUGGCUCCUCGUCUCGAUAUGCUUGAGCCCAUGAGUCGCAAACCGUUGUCUGAAAUGAAUUACAAUAACAGCCCUAAAAUUGAGGAUGUGCUCAAGAAGGGAAGUCCACACAAUGCUAAUAAGAUUGGCCAGACUAACUCGAAGCAGCCAGAUCACGACAUUGAUUCGAUGCUCAAGUCUUUGGAAGAUCAAUUAUUUACAGUUAUAAAGUUGAAGCCCAGAGAAGAAGUAACGAGUACCGACGAAAUGACUGACCCGAACGCACAACCAUUUGUUUGGGUGAGCAAAUGGGUAGACUACUCUGACAAAUACGGCUUUGGCUACCAAUUAUCGGAUGAUGGUGUUGGCGUUAUGUACAACGAUGGCACACGCCUCAUCAUGCUUGCGAACAAUUACAAUAUUCACUACAUCGAUCGUUCGGGAGAAGAGGCCUACUACACUACGAAGGAUUUCCCGCGUAGCCUCGACAAAAAAAUGAAACUUCUCAACUUUUUCUUGCGCUACAUGAAUGAUCAUCUUAUGAAAGCCGGUGGUGCUGUAGCUGUCCAUCAGAGCGAUUCACUCGCUAGACCUCCCUAUAUGCAUCAGUGGUUUAGGACACAGACGGCUGUCGUGAUGCUCCUGACAAACGGAUCAUUGCAGAUAAACUUCCAAGAUCACACAAAGAUAAUUCUGUGCCCACUCAUGGCUGCAGUUACCUACAUAGACCAGGAAAAAAAUUUCAGAACCUACCGAUUCAAAACGAUUCAGGAAUAUGGUUGCUCUCCUGGACUCGCCAAGUGUCUAAGUUACGCUCAUAGUAAGGUCAGCCUGCUCAACUCGAAAUCGAUUGCUCGGAUGGCUCCUCCUCUGCAAGAUAAAUAGUUUGCGCAAGUUACCAUAUUUAAAAUAAUGUAUAAAAAAGGCAACUUUAUAAUAUAUUAAGCAUUUUUAGAAAUUUUUAAAACUUUUUUACUAAGGAACAUCCAGAACAAGAUGAAAAUAGUAAGUUCAUCAUCAAAGUUUAAUGAUAUGUGAAAUUUUUUUUUUAUUCUUAAAGCCAACUAUUUUUAUUUUUUCUAAAUAGGCAUAUUUUAUCGAAGUAGUUCUGUAUAAAUGAUAAUUUAGACUUGUAAUGAUAAAAAGUUUCAGUUUUAUUCAUAAAACGUUUGAUAUUACGGUUUUUUUGUAUCUUAACACUCUUUCAGCUGGAAAUUCAAAACUCGACGCCGAGUAUAAUCAUCAAAAUAUGCUUUCACACAUAGACAAUAAAACUGUUUUCGUCAAAAAAUUGUUAACUAUGCUUAUGUUUUGUCGAGUCCUGUCAACAUCUAAAUAUAAGUUGCAUCAGUCUUUUUCAUACAAAUUAAACGGUACACUAUUUCUACAGACACUACUUGACCGCGUUUUAAUCGAUGGGAGUCUAAACAAGUUAGUUUAUUGCAAGAAAGUAAGAGUAGCGAGGAUUUGAGGGUUGAUUUAUAUGGUGUAUUGUCGUUUCAUUUUGUACAUACGUUCCGCGGUGAGAAAGCUUGUUUUUUUUCUUUUUAUUAAUAAGCGAGCCCAAGAAUGAUAAAAAAAAUCUGAAAUCUAGUUAUUACUUUAAACAAUUUUCAUUUCACCAUAUACUUGAAGAUUUUUUUACUCUGAAGAAAAAAACGCUGUUUGGACUUGAUUAAAUUCUAGUAAAAGUUAGCUAGUAGAUGUUAAAUUAAUUGAAGUAUAAAAAAUGAUAAUAGUGCGUUAGUAUUAUUGUUGAUUUACCCAUACUGUCGUAGGUUUUAUUCACUGAUUAUUUAUAAUUAGAAGUAUUUUGCAAUUUUUUUUUUUUAAUUUCGUAUGAUUAUAAGGGAUCAUUUGUG